UAGUUAAUCUUCCAUGGCGUCUAUGAAACAUUGAUGACACCAAUCAUCACCCAACACCGUUCUGUGUCGAGAAGGAGGUUUUUUUUCUCUGCGUUGAAAUGAAGUUUUUCAGCAUCUUCGGAUUUCUACCAACCGUUGGUCUGACCGUUGCUGGAACAUGCUCGGAGUAUACGAUAACGAAGAGCGCGGAUUCCACCCUACACCAAGCUUAUCUGUACCAGAGCCUGACAUUGUCCACCCUGAUAGAAUGUGCCUCCUACUGCCUGAGGGGGGCCAAGUGUAAAGCCCUCGCCCACACGUCUUCACAGACUUGUAAACUGUUCACAAAAUCUAAGGAGGAGGACCCAAGUCUGGUCCAAACGGAGAUCGGGACAAACUACGUCACUAAAUCUGACCUCCCCUCGGGUAUCGCUGGGACGUGCAGUGGACACGUUUGUGGAGAGGAUGACCUCUGCGUUCAGUCGGACUCCACCUACCGAUGUAUUCCCGUAUAUGGAGGUAAGCGUUGCUCCAAACCACCUGGGGUGAAAAACGCAGUAGUGGACUUUGCUGACCCCGAAACGUAUCCCUGGGGCACGGGGGACAACGUGAGAUUCAACUGCAGCAGCAAUGUCACUCCCACCGGGGGCCCCUCUGUGAUGACUUGUAUGGACACUGGCAUUUGGAGCUAUUCCUUUUCAUGUUAAAAUUGAAGGCUUCUAUUGUGUACUCAUAUAUACGGGCACCUGAUGAAUGGAUGGUGCCCCCCUCCCCACCUUUGGAAAAUUUUAUUAGACAUAUUUCAUCAAAAAUACUAGUAUAUGAAUUCCUUAUCAACAACACCUAUGUUUCGAUUUCUGAUAUCAUUUUCCGUUUUUGUUUAGUUUCAGAGAUUGUCCCACUAUUUUUAUAUUUUUAUAUACCCUUAGAGUACCCGGAGAAAUCACCUUACCAUCUCACAAACAACCUCUGUUGGUCACAGGGGUCGAACUCGGGGAUCGCAACGGCGAGAAACGUGUGUACUACCAUUGCGAUACCCGGACACAUUAGAGCUACAUUUCCCAAAUCCCCGUUUUCCAAGUAAAAUAUUGAUGAUUUUGAUCCAAUUGUGGGAUCAGGUGCAGAGGAGGAGUAAGCAUCCCCUGUUGAUCGGACAGUCCCGCCGUGAGCCUUAUAUGUAUCAACUGAUCAGACAGACGGAGAAGAAUACAUAGUUUAAAUCAUUAUUGUGAAUUAAAAAAAAAAAACAUAAUUCACUACUAGUAUUUGUUUUAAGCUGUCGAAUUUAGGCCCGGAUUGAGGAUCAAAAUCCAGAAAACGAAGUGCAUGGCUCAGUCAAACCUUUGACCACAUUGAAAGGGGCAGUUUUAAUCCAGAUCAAAAUUUAAACGUUUGUACGGGAAGAAAUGUGCAGUUGUUGCAGAAAAAAAAGUGAUUA